UAGACAUAUGCAGGACAGUACACAGUGCGUAGUCUAUUACGCACUCCUAUUUUAAGAUUUUUUAAAAAACCGGCUGCAGAGAAGCUCAGCGAUAUGUCCCUGCAUUUGGGACUAAUUGGAAGCACUGCAGUCGGGAUUAUGGCAGUUGUCGUGUUCUGUCGAGAGACAAAAUGAAAAUAUAUUUUGGAGAAUAAAGGAGAUUAUAGAAGCCAAACGUGAUGGAUACUCGACGGAAAAAGAAGCUGACAUUCUUCACCAUUGGGCUCAUAUUUCUCAUGAGUGGUGUGGAAUAUGCUGUAAUUUUGCCCACAAUAUGGAGGUACUUGCAGAAUUUGGAUGCAGCUCCAUACUUUCUGGGUUUGGCCCUGUCGGCUUUCAGCUUUAGUGGCCUCCUUUCAGGACCGCUGUUUGGCCACUGGUCCGACAAAACAAGGACCACAAAGAAGAUCAUCUUGUUUGCUAACUUGUUUGAGAUAAUUGGUAAUUUCAUGUACUUUAUGGGCUUCUCCAAGUGGCUGCUACUGUCAAGUAGAUUGAUAGCAGGCAUUGGCACAGGUGCUGGAUCAUGUAUCUUUGGCUUCCUGACCAGAGUAACUUCCACGGAGGACCGCGCCACAGCCUUUGCUGCUGUCAUGGCAUGUCGACAAGCUGGCCUUCUGAUUGGUCCAGCAUUUAACAUCUUCCUGAGGCUAUGUGAUUUCAACCUGGGUCCAUUUGUGGUCAAUAAGUACACUGCGCCAGGAUUGUUCAUGUGCCUGCUGUGGGCGCUCCUUCAACUGGCGGUGAUCUUCAUGUACUGGGAUCUACCGCCUCUAGAGAAGGAGAGGGCCAAUGAGAGUUUGAGAAGCCCCAGUAGUGAGGAGGACAAGGAGCUAGGUGCUGAUGAAGAGAACAAUGACGAAGAAAAGCCGCUAAUGGGGUCACAGGAGCUGGGGGGGUCCUACGGCUCCAUGGUAACAUCCAACCCACCCAGAUUCGACGCUGCUACCACCUCGAAUGCAACCCUGAAUGACAUCUCUCCGCCUCCCUCUCCUGUGUUACCAGAGCCUAUUGAGUCUUCCAGUCCCUUUAAGAAUUUCAGCAUAUCCCGAGAGUUCCUGAGGGAAGAGGUGGUCGUCCUGCUGGCUGCUCAGUUUAUCACCCUCUUCAAUCAGACAGCGUUGGAGACCAUGGUGACCCCGAUGACCCAGAAGUACUUUGGCUACGGGGAGCUAGAGAACAGCGUGAUGUACUGUCUCUGCGGUGUGGAGGUGAUCGCUGGCUUUCUCUUUGUACGCUGGCUGAGCCUGCACGUUGUGGAGCGGGUUGUCCUGGCCAUCGGUCUGGCCAUCUGCAACAUCUCUGGUAUCUGGUGCCUCAUCUUUCUGGCACGCCCACUAGGUGCUUUCCCCUGGCUGCUGAUUGAGUUCAUCAUUGGGGUGUUUCUGCAGGUUCUGGGUUUGCCAUUUGUAGCUGUGGCUCAGGUUUCCCUCUUUUCCAAAGUGACUUCUGAGAAAACACAAGGUUUCAGUCAGGGUGUGCGUCGCUCGGUGGGGGGUCUAGCCACCAUCCUGGGUCCUCUGUGGGCUGGCGGCCUCACUGACAACUUGUACAUUAUGAUGGGGGUGAUGAUGGCACUGCUGGCACUGCUCACGAUGAUGCUGGGUUUCUCAUAUGACCGGCUUGUUGCACCUGCUACAGAGGAGCAAGUGGACGACUCGGACAGCUAAUCCAGCGGAUGGUGGAUGCAAUAUAACUGGACAUGAAAGUGGGAUAUUUCCUGUCCUGCACCUUACACUCCACAGUUUCCUUUUCUGCACUGGGACCAGCACGCAGGGUGACAACACACACACCAACAGCACACACCUGUCCACCUCCUGAGGGUUUAACUAGAACUUGGACUUGCCAGCUUUGCCCUCCAAGGCUGAUCAAAGUACUGAUAUUGUUUAUAUGUACAUUUCCCAUGGAAAUAUGGAAUCCUGCUGACACUUCAUGUGUAGGCUUUGGAUGAAAAUCGUUUCCGUCCUUUUGUGUUCUGCCCUGAGUACCAGCUACUCUUGGUGCAUCGCACAUUCUGCUGUUAAUGAACAUGCCAAAUGUUUGUGGAUUUAGCUGACCUACGUCCUUGAGCUGCAGGAGAACAAAUUAGUGGUUCAGCCUUGAUACUUGAUACUCCAGGUAGAAAAUGUGGCAUUAUUGUCUUCCAAAGUCAAAUGCUCAGGGUUAAAAACUGAGAUUUUAUUUUGCUGAUAUGUCAAAAGGAUUUUAACCUUGACAAAAUAUAAUUUCAAUCUGCUUCUUCACUCACGUCUGAUAUGAAGAUUUCCUUGUGUAUACAGCAAAAUAUUUGCAAAAGUGUAUUUUUUAUUUUCUUUGCAAGAUGUGUUUAUUAAUUUAAAUGUCCAAUUAUGUGCUUUGUAAAUUAAUCUUAGAAGCGACAUGUGGACUCACUGUCUAGAACAAGGCCGUAGCCAUGGUGAAGGAACCAUACCAAAGUUUUGCAUAACAUUGCGAGAACAUUACAAUUCAUAAAAUGAACAUUUUCAUAACAUUUACAAAUCUAUCACAACCAACAGUGAUUUAGACUAUGUUAUACUGUCAUUAAAUUCUAAAUUUCCUUUUUUUAAAAUACAUUUGAAAGUAAUGAAAUACAGACAGUACAGUGUUUGACACCAAUUGUACCCACAGCAGUCAAGCAAUGGCAUCAGCUGGGGUAUUAUUUAUGAUUAUAAUUGAUAUUAUAAUAUAUAUUAUAAUUUUUAAAAACUGCUAACGCUAAAUAAUUGAAUUAAUACAGUUUUUAACUGAUUGUCAUCUCGAGUGUUUGUCAAACAAUGGUGAUGAAAAUGCAGUUUUAAAGGCAUUCGAAACCUCAUAGUCAUAAAAUUCUCAGGGAAAUACUAAAUACACUGAAUAUCUGUCAGAAAAUGUAAAAUUAAAGUUUCACACGUUCCUGACAUAAAGGCUUAUGAAGGAUAAAACACGUUUCCUGCUUUGAAAGGACACUAUUCUAGUUGUUUGAUGCUGAUGUAGUACAUAUUUUUAACACUAGUGGGCGCUCUUAGUCUGUCUAUUGAAUAAUACUCCCAUGGCUCUCCUGAACCUGACGUUUGUGAUCUCGGUCAGUCAAGUAUCAUAAGGACACGAACACUCUAACAAAUGCACAUUUAGCGGGGAAAAACAGCUUUAUUUGGGAACUUAAUUGUACAAAAUCACUCGUACAGAAAACACACAGCAAAGUCAAAGAACAUUAUCUUCCAAAGGCUUUACACUAUGUUAAGUCCCUCUUGAUCAUUCCUUCAGAUUGCAAAAUUAUAAACACUUUAUGAACAAUGAGACUAUUUAUUUAAUAUUUAUUAUGCAUUUAUUUGUUAGAUAAGUUGUUGGCAUCUAACAUGUUCAUUAACAUUUUUUUGUAAUUAUUGUCUCUAAACUAAAAACAAAAACAAAAAAAGAAAAAUCUUCCACUAUACCUAAUUGGCUUGUGUUUUGGAAUUCUUUCGGAAAAGAAAAGAGUGUCUGUCCAGUGAAAUGCAUUUUAAAAAUAUUGUUAUUACAUAAUUCACAAGAAAAAUAUGCAGGCAAUAUAUUAGAAAUUAAUAUGUUCAUAUAUUUAUGUUCAAUGUAUAUUUUUUUACUUGCAUGCUCUUUUAGUAGGUUGCAUGGUGUAAGUUCAGAGGCCUACAAACUGAAACAAAGAGACAUAUUUCAAACAUCACACAUCAAAUUUUACUUAACCCCUGUUGCCAGUGUAAACUUUAAGAAAUGUAAAAAGAAAAAUUCCCCCCUUUCCAUGCAUUAAAGAGUCCUAAAGAAUAAAUAUGCUUUAAUCAUUUUAUGAAUAUGAAA